UUUACAUUAGAGGCCAGAGAUUAUCUCAUCUGUUUUACCUCCCUCUUUCUGAUGCUAUGAAAAACCGUUUGUGUCAGUAUUGUCUUUCUUCUGGUUUUACCCACAUUGUGACAUAGGCCUAGGUCUAUCGGUUGAGAAGAUUUUGAUCCGGGAAGAGGCUAGAAAGAUUCCAGAAUCAAAAUGACAAUUUUGUACAGCUGCGUAGCAAGAGGCACCACAGUGCUAUGCUCGAACCAGUCAGGCGCAGGGAAUUUUCCUGAAACUAUACAGUCAAUGCUGCCUAACAUUCCAAGUCGAAGUGAUGGAAAGAAAACUUAUACAUCAAACAAUUAUGAAUUCCACUGCCUCAUUGAAAAUGGCAUGCUGUUUGUUUGUGCCACAAAUGCUGGAGUCAGCAAACAGCAACCCUAUGGCUUUUUGGCGGAGAUUAAAAAGCGUUUCCAAUCAGGUUCCUUACCUGGUCGAGCAAUGACUUCGGAGGCAGGAGAACUUGACAGCGAAUUUGACCAUGUUCUAAGCCAACAAAUGCAAAAAUACUCCCAGGCUGGUGUGGGCAGCAACAGUGCUGUGGCUGCAGUACAGAAGCAAGUGGAGGAGGUCAAGGGGGUCAUGUCUCAGAAUAUAGAGCGUGUGUUAGAGCGUGGAGACCGACUAGAGGAUCUUAUGGAUAAGACAGAAGAACUGGAAGCUGGGGCAGCAACAUUCCAACGUACUUCCCGUAAGAUUCAGAGGCGCUACUUUUGGAAGAACAAGAAGAUGACGAUCAUCCUGGCAUGUAUAUUGCUGGUGGUUGUUCUUGUCAUCGUUCUGAUCAUCCUAUUCUCUACGGGCAUCUUGCCUCCUGACAGUGAUGAUGACGAUAAGCCAAAACCAAGUCCCACAUCAAGUUCACCGUAGAGACCUCACAGGUCUGUUAGCUACAGGGGUAAUUUGAUUACAAAGACUGUGAAUCAUGCUUAGUAAUUUAUUCCUCUAUAAUUCAGUUUCCAUACAUUUCAUUUGUUUUUCUUCCUUUCAUAAAUAAGCUAUUUUACUCUGAAUGUAAAUUCAAAGUCAGUUGUAAUGAAUAGUCAGUGUUCUUGGUAUGAUUGUAGAUGUUUUAUGCCCUCAUCUACACUUUUUAGAUUUUCCAGACUUUUUGAUCCUGCCUGUCAAGGCCAACGUGGACUGACAGGGAUUCAAAGUCCUGCUAAAAAGAGUAGGAUACUCGAUAAAGAUCUCCCUAUAUAGGAAUCGAACUCACCUCUUCUGUAUAGAAUGGCAAAGAGCAAAACCACUACACCACAGAUGCACGUAUCAUUUUUUAUGUCAUCAGUACACUUUUGUUAUGAAAAAGUUAUUGAGUGGCUCUUAAGCAACAUUAAGAGCCUCAUGAGUAUUAUAUUUUUAGUUGUAUUGGUCUGAAUGCUCAGAGGUUUUGCAAAGCAUGAUGAAGAUUCUCUCUUCUUUCCCUUUUUUUCACUUCAGCCUUUCUUUCUUUUUUUUAUCCAAUUCCUGAUUUCCUCUUAGAGUACUCAUCUGCUUGUUUCUGAUGAGAAAUAAAUAUAUGACGCAUCACAAAUGUGCAUCACUUUUAUAGCGGGUCAAAGAGUUGAGCAGUAAGGACGAAAAUGCCGAUGGUCUGUACAGUUUCACGCUUACAAUUCAAGAGAACAAGUAGUCAUCGGAUUUUUUUAUAUACGCCUUCUCAGUGCUAGAUGUUACCGACGGUUCUCCUCAUGGGAAAGCCUGCAACUUGUACAGUUAGUACAGUUAGAAAAGGAUGGAAGAUGAAGAUUUAAAGUAGUAUCUGCAGAAAUGGAUUUAUAAUUUCCAUUGUGAAAACAUAUCUAGUUCCCAACAAUCCUUGUCAGUCUCUUGAAUCAUUACUAUUUAUAUUAUACAUAAUGUUAAUUUCUAAAUAUGGCACAUUUGAAAGCUUUAAAAGAUCAUAUUUAAAUGUUCAUCAUCAGUUAAAUUGUGCCAUUUGAGAAGAUACAAUGUUGCUAGUUCUGACUAAAUUUUCUUUUACCUUGUACGUUUUUACUGUUUCGGACAUGAGGAGGGCAAGCAGCAUAAAGAGGCAGAGAUAACUAAUAAAAUCACUAUGAAGUUUUUUUACUUUCAUGAGUUGAAUUGAAAACUGAUGAGAGUACUAUUCCUUCAGCAAAGAAGUGCGUUUAGAAUACUACGGCUGCUCUUCUCUAAUCUAUGCAUUUUACUAUUUUAUACUUGACUGUUCACUUGCUUCUUUUUGUGUUAAUGGCAGUAGUAUACAGUCAGUUAAGAAUUAGAUACAUUCACUGAUGUUUGAUUUUGAGAUGGAGUCCAAAUUUAUCUUGUGCUUCUCAGAAUGAUCCCUGUUGGCCCAAUGUUAAGUCAGAGAACCAAGCUUGCCACUUUUAAAGUGAUCAAGUAAAUUGCAGUAGGGAUUUAUCCUUUGCCAAAAGCAAGCAAAGAUUAAAAGGAAUACACAAUGCUUUGCGUUUAAGACUGUCACACACUGUAAUUUUUUUUUGGUAUCUGUGUAGCUAUAUUAUUACAAUCUUGAUAAAUGUGUUUGCUAAUUUCAGUUAGGUCUGAGAGUGGAAAUAUGAAUAUAUAUGGCAAGACCACAGAAAUAUACCACAGUGCCAUUGGACACGUUAUUGAAAUAUUGCAGAUUGAAAUGGUCAUUUUCGAAUAUUCUCAUCUGCAUUUCGUACAAGAAAAAAUGUUGGAUAUCCUUGUGAUUUAGAAUUAACAGCAAAAAAUGUUUUUAGUGUGAAAGUUUUCGCGAUACAUUCCAGUUAUUUUCACAAGUAUUAUUUUCCGCCUUGUGCAAAACUUUUUAAUAAAAUUAUUUUACAUUAUGGCAAUAUGCAGAUAUAACUUUCAGACUCUAUUUGCUCUUUUUGAAAACAAUUGUACUAUUUCCUAUCAUUUACCAGUGUGCUACUUAUUGACACUGCUGAACUAAUGAUCAUUUGGAUGCUCCUUGUGCUUGUGCAUGUAUAUAUUUUUUAUACUGUGCUUUGUAUAUUGAAGAGAUUCAACAAGUGUCUUUGCUUGAUCUAUUUUACAAUGCUGUUGAGGUGAAAGACAAAGAUUUAUCCACAAUAAGGGUGAAUGAGCUACAGAUUUUUGACACUCAGAAAUUGAACUUUGUUCACUUAGAGUCUGUCUCCCAAUAACAUCCUCACCAACUGGAAAUUUUUUUUUUAGUACUGAGACUGACUCUUACCAGCAUCGAUGGAAUUGGACGUUUCGACAUCACAAAUAGAAAGCCUAAGUGCAAUCCAGGUGCGGGGAGAUUUUUUUUUUCAAGUAUUUAGUUCUUUCUACUGGCACGUUUUGUCCCUCUCAGUCCAGGUUGGCCUUGACAUGCAGGGUCAAAGCCUGGUUUGCCUCGUAAAUGAUCUAAAAUUGUGUCAGUGGGGAUGUAAAACGCUUACAUUAAAAAAGAAGACUGGCUCUUCAGGCCGUAUGGUGCUCCAUUCCCAAGAAUCCUGAUUGUCAUGGCUGCUUAUGAAAUGUUUUGUGCUGUGCCUCUAUCAAGUCAAGUUUUCAUACAUCAUAUAUAUUUUUUCUAUAAAACCGGUGCAACCUAGGUUGUGGUUGUUUUCUUCAUCAAUUUUUGCAAAGAAAAUUUAUUGUAAAAAUAUUCUCUCUCGAAUAGGAUAGAAAAGCUGCAUGUGAAGUGUUUGAUUUAUUCGUAGAUAUAAAUGCAGGCUGAAAUUUUAUAUUUUGAGGAAAGACAAGUCUUUUUAUUAUCAAUUUUUAUCAAACAAUAAAUUAGAAAAAAAUAUCACCCUGUGUGGCAACUGAUCGAGAGAAAACAAAUAACUAAAGAAUGCUGUAGUAUCUUCUUUCAUUCUUCUGUCCUUGAUCAGUUUUGCCUCUGUCAUGCUAUGGAAGCAAUCCCAUAUAUGUAAUUUGAUCUCAUUUAAUUUUUGCUUGUCAAAGAGUUUUUCCAACUACUGUUUUUGGGGAUGGGACUAUUCUUUGUGCGGCAGGACGUAGUAGUAUUGAUUCAUAAUUUAUUAAACUGCCAGUAGAACAGAGUGGACUCUUUUAGGAAUGCAAUAUCAUGCUAGAAGAGAUCAAGAUUAUAAAGACCUACUGAUAAACAAGUGCUCAAGCUUUUCUAAUGUAGAAUGUUUGCAACAGUAACAUGUGUCUUACAAUCAAAAUGCCUUUCUGUUUUCAUGAAUUGUAUUAAAUUAUAUUUGUAUAAGAUCAAUGAUAUUGUUAUUUUUGUCAAACACAUUCCUUCUUGUUAUUUUGUCAUGUUUGAAUGCAAAGUAUAAGUCUCUGUGCUUAAUUUAUUGUCCCUGAAAUACAAGUAUUUGUGUGGUACUUAAAAGCUUGCUAAAAAAAAAAUUGUGAUCUACAUGUGCAGAAUUUAUGGAAAUAUUUGUUUGUGAUUAUGCAAUUCAAAUAGUGCUUUAAGAGAUGACUUUUAUUAUCGUUGUUUUAAAAGAUUAAUGAAGAUAAAGUUUUGAUAUAACGCCUCAAUAAUUAGUAAAGGAGGCUCAUGCCAUGACACAUUUAGUAAGGAAUAUUGUAUUCUUUGUGGUUUUACAAUUGCUUGUGGCACAUAUUGAUAAUCCAGACUGCAGAAAUGUGGGAGAGAGCUGCAUAGAUUGUAAAAAUGAUUUUGAUUUGACUGAAGAAUUAUUGAUUGUUUGUCAGUGAAAGAUUUUCCUCUGUACAGGUAGGGUUCCUUUUUCCUAAUCAUUGCUAACCUAUAAAAACUAGCUUAGGGUCUAUGUUGUUUCACAUCUGUAGAGUUUGCGAGAUGCAUUGACUUCGCCUGCAAUAAUUCAGUUUUAGAGAUGUUUAUUGAUACAAUUAUGCUCUAUUAUUUGUUUUCUUGUUGUCUUUGGUGAUACAUGUAUCACCUUGUGUGCUGCUAGGAAACUUAUCAUUAUCAAAAUAUUUUUACAAAUACGGCUACAGAGGUAGAAAUUUGAUUAUAUUUUUCCUUUUUUGUAUGAAUAAUGUCUAUUGUCAGGUAUCAGAUUUGUUUACUUUUUUUCCAAACGACUUACAAUGUUUGUCUAUGGAUUAAACUGUUAUGAUACUCUUUUCAAUGGCGAAUUAGGUGCAAUUGUUUCCUACCAACAUGUUUUUUCUCUAAGAGUCAACAAAGAAUAAAACAUAAUGAAUAGUUUUUUA